UUUCGCUCCGAGUCCGGUGCCUGGGCGUUGAGGAUGUCUGGCCGCGGCAAACAGGGAGGGAAGGCGCGCGCCAAGGCCAAGUCGCGCUCGUCGCGCGCGGGCCUGCAGUUCCCCGUGGGCCGCGUGCACCGGCUGCUCCGCAAGGGCAACUACUCGGAGCGGGUGGGCGCCGGCGCGCCGGUGUACCUGGCGGCGGUGCUGGAGUACCUGACGGCCGAGAUCCUGGAGCUGGCGGGCAACGCGGCGCGCGACAACAAGAAGACGCGCAUCAUCCCGCGCCACCUGCAGCUGGCCAUCCGCAACGACGAGGAGCUCAACAAGCUGCUGGGCCGCGUGACCAUCGCGCAGGGCGGCGUGCUGCCCAACAUCCAGGCCGUGCUGCUGCCCAAGAAGACCGAGAGCCACCACAAGGCCAAGGGCAAGUGAGUCCCCGCGCCGGCCCCGCGCGGCCCCCAACGGUUCUUUUCAGAGCCACC